CUCAGGGUAGUAUACUGGUGAUAACAUAAUUUUACGUCGUAAAAUUUGCGUUUGUUUACGCCGCGAAGAUAAAAUCAAACUGGUUAAGCUACAAGAAUUACAGCAACAUUGACAGGGAAGACAAUGGACAGUGUGAGCCCAGCAGACAACCUCAGUGGAGGUGACGUCACCCCAGACCUCAUGAAUGUAAGCCCAUUGUCAGGCCAGGAGCAGGAAUCCCAGGGCCCAGCAUCCCAGGGACCGGCACCCAUGGGCGGGACUUCAUCAAUGGAUGCCCUGCUCCAUGAACGAGAGCAACUUCAUUCACAGACUCUUCAGCUCAAAUCUCACAUCCACUGCCUUGAAGCAGAUUCAAGUUCAGUUAUUGAUCAGAUGCCUCCGAAUGAGUUGCUGAAAUUGUAUGAGUCUUUGAAGGAGGAGUACCUGCAGAAGACGGUCGCCAUUGACUCCCAGGAGCUGCUCAUUCGUGGAGAGCACCUGAAUGAGAUCCUGUUGUCUAUCUACAACACAGCAGAUACAGACCAUGAUCUGCAGGCACAGAAAAGGCGUGUAGACGACCUGCAGGAGGAGAUGAGGUCCCUUGUAGCUAAGAUCGGCACAGCACAAAAGCAAAAAGCUCAAAUGCAGAACAGUUUGGAGAAAAUCAAGAAGGAAAACACAGAGUUGUUACGUCAGAGCAGAGAGCUAUAUGAGAGAAUCGGAGAGAGGCGGCAGCAACAGGAGGAGGAACUCAAGGCCCUCACGCGCCAACACACCAAUGUCAGCGUGUAUGACAGACUGGAUGAAGAGGUCCAGCAAGCCACACUUAUUAAUGGCACGAUACAGCGUUUAAUACUGGGAAGCCGUAUAGACUGGGUGCGUGAUGACCAGCUUCGGAAACUCAUGCUUGAUUGCGGAAAACCAGUCAACCUUGGAACCUGAGCUCUGCCAUCAACAACCUUAGUUGACUUUAUUCCACAAAAGAUGAUAAUGUGAUAUUGUAAUCAUUCAACUGACCGAUUCAUCUCUUUUGUGCUAAUACAAUUUCAAUGAUGUAAUUUCCAAAAUGACGUUACGUCCACAUACAUUUUGGUACGCUUUACCAAAAAAAAAUUGUUGUCACUUAUUAUUAGGCAUAUGAUGAAAAGAAAAAUUAAUAUUUCAGUGUAAGAUCGCAAUAAAUUUCACUUCAUAAACAUUACAAGUAAAUAUUUCACUCGUGGCUACGCCUCUUGUGAAAUAUAUUUCUAUCUCACUCUGAAACUAUCAAUUAUCCUUCAUAGCGUAACAAGUUUAUGUUCAUUAUAUUGAUUUUGUGUGUAUAUGCUAUGCAGAACUUGCAUGCAUUGUUGAAAUAAAUUGUAAAAAUGGUUUGUAUGGCGCACAUACAUUAUUGAAAUUAUUGAUGAUGCAGGCAUAAACCUGUGCAAUUCCAGGUAACUAUCAAGUUGAUAAUAAAGUAAAUCAAAAAGAGUCUGAUAAUUGUCUACUUCAUAUUCCAGAGAUGUAGAUAUAACAUUGUUUAUAAAAAACAAGAUAGAUUACUGGUUAUUGUAACAAUUUUAUACUUUGAUUGAUGACCAUUAAAUGCAAUUGUAUGUGAACUGUUGAAGAUAAAAUUGGUAUUGAUGACGUUGGAGAAUGAUUGGGCAAUUAUAUAUUAAAAAGGAUAUCAAAUGUCAA